CCUCUCGUAGCGUAUUCGCCUCUGCCCUCAGCAGCACGUAAGAGCUCUACCACUGAGGAAGCUGCAUUGAGCCAGCCUUCUUUAGCACCGGAAUGUUUUCUUGCUUUGUCAGCUGUGUCCUUGCAGCCUAUAAUGCAAUAUAGCUACCUCCGUAUUGAUCAAAACCACGGACUUUAAACUAGAACAGCAAUUGAUCAGACCGCCAGGGUUCGUUAUCACUCAUUUCCCCUGGCCCAGCUACACCUAGGACCAGCCUAUUGCGGACCUUGAACAAGGGCGCUUCACGUUCACUUUUAUUUUUUUGCUAACCGGUAAAGAUGACUUUAAAAUCCAAUAAAAACGAACCUGCUGUCAUACUUGAGCGGGUCAACAGCGCUCGAACAGCCCUCUCCGACCUGUACCUGGAGCAGCUCCUCCAAAAUAAACCAAAGCCGGAAAAGGGGCUUAUGCCAGCCUAUAAGACAACGGGAGCUGAAGUAUACACCAACGGCAGUGCUGGUCACAUGAACGGAACUGAGCCAACCAGGAUGCGUGAGGUGGCGUUUGAAAAAAAUCCCUCAGAGCCCAUGGGGGUGACUCUAAAAUUGAAUGGAAAACAGAAGUGCACUGUGGCCAGAAUAUUACAUGGGGGCAUGAUACACAGACAAGGUUAUCUAAACGUCGGGGAUGAAAUAGCAGAGAUCAAUGGAAAGAGUGUGGCCAACCAAUCUGUCGACCAACUGCAAAAGAUCCUGAAAGAUACCAACGGAGUAGUCACAAUGAAAAUCAUCCCCAACCAACCAAGGUGCUCUCCUGUGUGUGAGAUGUACAUGAGGGCUCAGGUUGACUACGACCCUGCCAAAGAUGACCUCAUCCCAUGCAAAGAGGCAGGGCUGAAGUUCAAAACGGGUGACAUCAUUCAUAUCAUUAACAAGCAGGACCCACAUUGGUGGCAAGGCAGGGUGGACAGCUCUACCGCCGAUUUCGCUGGACUCAUCCCCUCCCCAGAACUUCAAGAAUGGCGGAUGGCAAGUAAAAGCAAGGCCACAGAGGGCACCCAAUCCUGCAGCCCCUUUGGAAAGAAGAAAAAGUGCAAAGACAAGUAUCUGGCCAAGCACAGCUCUAUCUUUGACCAAUUGGACGUGAUUUCCUAUGAAGAGGUUGUUCGGCUCCCUGCCUUCAGCAGAAAAACCUUGGUGCUUAUUGGUGCACCGGGUGUAGGAAGGAGCCACAUCAAAAGCCUGUUGCUGACCAAAUACCCAGGGAAGUUUGCCUACCCAGCACCACACACCACCAGACCCCCACGUAAGGACGAGGAGAACGGGCAGGAGUACUACUUCAUCUCCAACGACACCAUGACCAAGUGCAUCACUGAGAAUGAGCUGUUGGAGUAUGGCAGCUUCCAGGGGUUCAUGUUUGGAACCAAAAUAGAGACUAUCCAGAAGAUCCAUGAGCAAGGAAAAAUCGCUGUGCUGGAUGUUGAACCACAGACAUUGAAACUCUUGCGGACGGCAGACUUUGCACCUCUGGUGGUUUUCAUUGCACCCACCAACUCAGCUACUCAGUCAGAAGCGGUGCAGUUGAUCCAGAAGGAGUCAGAUGCCAUCCUCUCCAGCUACAGCCACUUCUUUGAUGUGCAGCUGGUUAACAAUGAUGUUGAUGAGAGUGUGAAAGGAGUGGAGGAAGAGAUGGAGCAAGCCACCUCCACCCCACAAUGGGUGCCUGUUUCAUGGGUCUACUGACCUGUGUACCCCUGAACAACUAUCAUAUAUUUAACAAAACCUGGGCCAAUAUCCAGUGUCUCUGCGUGCUGAUCUAGGUUAAACUGCCUUUUAGAUCAGAAUGGGAAAAGAUUAUGGCCAGACUAGUAACCGAAAGGUUACAAGAUCAAAUCCCCGAGCUGACAAGGUCAAAAAAAAAUCUUUUUCUGCCCCUGAACAAGGCAGUUAACCCACUAUUCCUAAACCACCAUUGAAAAUAAGAAUUUCUUAACUGACUUGCCUAGUUAAAGAUAAAAUAAAUCAGCACUCCUACUCUUGAGCGGCUUUGUGAAUACAGACCCUGGCAACUCAUACACCAUUCUUUGCAUAGCAGCUAAUCACUACGUAAUUGUAACUAAGUUUCACACAGAAGCAAAACAAAAGAGCAAUAGAUAUUUUAUUUCAGAGAAAGGACAAUGAACCCAACCAAGGGGAUCAUUUAGAUGUUUGUAAAAACCUUAGUGAAUCAGGCUUUUUAGGUGCCAAGUGAUUGGUACCAUACGACUGCAGAUAGGAUUGUUAGUCUAUUAACAAUUAAAGUGGACCACUACUGUGAAGGCAAUGCCACUACCUGACAAGAUUAUCAGUAUCCUUAACUCUGGUUUAAUAGUCAUGAGAUUUUGCAUAGCUGUAUUAAUAUAUGGUAAUGUAUCAAAAUACAGGGAGACAGGUUCUACAUGAAAUUGUCAAGUCUGUCAUGUUAAGUGAACAAUUUUUUUGACAACCUCAGUACUGGUCUCAACUCAGAAAUAUAUACCUGUCAUGAUGUAAGGCACUAUCAAACCCCCACCACCCCAUAUUACUGAUUGAAGUUUCACACUCAUUUGGUGCGAAAGGUAGGUCCGAAUAAGAAAUUACAUGAAUUAUUCACUCCAUCCUUCAUUACACUAGAAAAUAGCCUCAGAUCCCAGCAACUGGGUAGAAAAACGACACAAAGGCAGUUACAAAAAAUAAUAUUCAUUUCAAACGACAAUUUAUGAUCAUAGCUGGUUUCUGUAUUUACAGUACAAUAUAAAAUAAAACCGAUCGCAUGUAGAGGUACACAAAUACUGCUGUCAACACAGGGAGCACUUAAAACAUUUAAAAAUGAAAUGUCACUGCCAUGAGUACAAAAAUAUGGUCAUACCGUGGCGGUUGAGAUGGCAACCAUUAACCGCAUGAUCACAAGCCUUACCUAGUCCAAGCCCCUUAUGAUUAUCCAUGUGCGGCCAUUCUGGACAGACUUGAUUAACAUAAAAGGUUUAAAACUCUGGGUUCUUGCUAUGCCUGCUGCCUCUUCAGCGCCCAUUGCAUCUGUUAGGUAAAUAUCACCAGGCAUUCAUUCUAUGGUCCUUUUCAUUGUCCGUGUGCUUCAUAAGCUUUUCACUCUGCUUCUGCUUCCUUCUUUUUCUUCUUCUUCUUCUUGGCACUCUCACCAACCUGUGCAUAUAAGAGAUUUGUUAUUCCUUUGACUAAUGUUUAAAGCAAUUCAAGUGUCCUAAGUGAAAAUGCCCUCUACAGUUUGAGGCAUGUUGGGUGUAGCUGUAGUGACUUUGCUAACAAAAUAGGUGUAGACAGCCACCACUAACAUUGAGUGGCUGCUGCCAACACACUGACUCAACUCCAGCCACUUUAAUAAUGGGAAUUGAUGGGAAAUAUAUCAGCCACUUUAAACAAUGCUACCUAAUAUAAUGUUUACACACCCUACAUUAUUCAUCUUAUAUGUAUACGUAUACACUGUACUCUAUAUAAUCUACUGCAUCCUUAUGUAAUACAUGCAUCACUAGCCACUAACUAUGCCACUUUGUUUACAUACUCAUCUCAUAUGUAUAUACUGCACUCAAUACCAUCUACUGUAUCUGCCUAUGCCGCUCUGUACCAUCACUCAUUCAUAUAUCUUUAUGUACAUAUUCUUUAUCCCCUUACACUUGUGUCUAUAAGGUAGUAGUUUUGGAAUUGUUAGCUAGAUUACUUGUUGGUUAUUACUGCAUUGUCGGAACUAGAAGCACAAGCAUUUUGCUACACUCGCACUAACAUCUGCUAACCAUGUGUAUGUGACAAAUAAAAUUUAAUUUGAUUUAGAAGAUGUAAGGAACCAACAUGACCAAAUGCGCAUGCUAGAAAAACACCCGCAAUAAUGUAGCAGACUGACUCCCUCUGAAGACAAGUAGGUUGGAAAGGGAUAACUUUCUGCAUGGGAUAUAUAAAUAUUCCAGUGCAAGCACCAGUCAUAGGGAAGGCACUCCAUUAACUGGAUGUAUAUUAGAAAAAUACUGCUGAAAACCACAACAUGUCUCUCCCUGUGACCAGAGCCACAAGGUCAUACUGCUGUCUAUUCAGACCAGAAGGAGAAACACACCUCUCCGUCCGUCUCUGCUGCUGGCUCCGUAUCAGCUUCUAGUUUCUGCUUCUUUUCCUUCUUUUUCUUCUUCUUCUCUUUCUUCUCUUCUCCCGACGGAGUGGAAGGAGCCGAGGGUGCUGCUGCAUCACUGUCACUGUCUUCGCGCUUCCUCUGAAAGACAGAGACAAUGUUUAGUCCAUCUCAUUGUGCGCAUAAGUUCAUACAUGGAAUAAACUAUACCUUCUUUGGA